AAUCGGAUUGCACGAUGGCGACGGCGCGGGUGCUGAGCCUGAACGUCUUCAUGCGCCCGCCGGGGAUCGCAGGUCGCGGAGGCGACCACAAGGACCUGCGCUUGCGCUUCCUCAAGCAGAAGAUCGCCGACUACGACAUUGUGUGUCUCCAGGAGCUCUUCGUCGGCGGCUCGGGGCGACAACCCGACCUCGUGCGCUACGCAGCGCAGUGCGGCCUCGCGCACCACGCCGGCUCGGUCUAUCCGUCUCUCUGGAGCCGCAAGCUCAUGGACGGCGGGCUCUUGAUUCUCAGCCGGUACCCGAUCGUUCGCCAUGGCCAGUGGGUCUUUACGCGAGGGCGCGGCAGCGACGGCGUGUGUGCCAAGGGCGUCGUGUACGCGCAGCUUCAAGUCGACGCUUCGUCGACGCUGCAUGUCUUUACGACGCACACGCAGGCCGGCGAGGACGAAGCCGCGACCGCGAUUCGCAUGCACCAGCUGCGCGAACUCGCAGCCUUUGUGCAUGCCACCUGCGCCUGCGUCGCUGACGCGCCCAUUCUUAUCGCUGGCGACUUCAACUUGGACGCGCGCCACGACCCCAUCUUCUCUUCCCUCCAUGCACCGCGCUUUCAGCGGUGCGAAGAAAGCGCCAUGUACACUGCGCUUCGCGGGAUGCUCGAGCAACGCCGUUGGACGCUCGUCGAUGCGCUGCCGCACCAUGGCGUCACAAACGGCAACGGGCACGGGUGCCUCCGGCAUACGAUGACGGCCGACGACGUCGACCGAACGGGCAAAUGCAUCGACUACAUCUUUCUCUUGCAGUCCCCGAUAUCCCAGACGACUGGUGUUACUGUCGCCUCCGCCGCCGUCGACCCGUGCAGGAUCUCGGACACGAAGGAUGGGCGAUGGCCGUUCUCCCACCUCUCCGACCACUGGGCGCUUGUGGCCACGCUGCAGUUUCCCGUCGCUCCAGCGCCCAGCACUGCUACUAACGACGAGACGGCAGUGUAUCAUGCGUACCCGCAGCCGCGCGCAUGGCUCCUCAAGGCAGCCUCCGUGUUCCUUCUACUUGGCGGGCAGAAGUAA